GUAGCCAAAGCAUCACGGGAAAACUUGCAUUCCUCCUCCUUCUCGUUCUGGUGGGAAGAGGUUUCACAUGGAGAGGUGCAAAGUGGGUUAAUGAGGAACCUGGCCAUCUGGGACUCAGCAGGUACUUCCUGCCUUGCAUUCCCAUCCCCCAUGCCAAUGAAAUAAAAGAGCAGGCCUAUGGUCUGCUGCUUUGUACCCUUCCCCUUUGUGUGGGUGACUGGUCAGUAGCUCUAAGCUGAGCUGCCAUGAUGAGAUUGCCCAUGAUAAAUCAUGGAGCAGGACCGCCACAUAUGGAUAAGUCUUCAGGGCAAGACACUACAAUGGCUUCCCCAAGAAGGAGAAAAAGCACCAUGAGAGUAACCCCAUGCCCUGCCACUGCCUUAGUGACUGUUGCCAAAAGGCAUAGAUGGCAAAUCAUAUUGGCUACAGUGACCUGCUUUCUCGCUUGUACCAUUGCAUGUAAUGAAGGGUCUUCAGCUACUCCUUGUCAGAACCCUCUUGGCACUGUGCCUACAACUUUACCCUUGCAGCCUGACUUAUUGCUAUCCCAGAAUGCUACUGGUGGCAUCUUGAUGAAACCCAACAAAUACUUACUGAACCACAUUGUAAAAGGGCAAACUGACUUGCGUGCUGCUGGGGAAAAGCAACGUGCUAGAAGCUUAUGGGCAGACUCUGUAGGCACCACAGACCAACUAAGCCUCCCAGAAGCCAAAUGGCGUGACUUAAGCCGGAUCUCUGCACUUGCAUUCAAGCUUGAUGGAAAAGGGAGCCUGCAUUAUAAAUUGGGAGCUGCCAAGAAAGAUAAGAAUGGCAUUGACUCUAAGACUCUGAGACUUGAAACUUCUCUGGCUCUUGAUGCGCUAGCCAAAAUGACAGGCUUCUCUUCUAAGCUUUCCCCUAAGGGGCUACAGGCAUCCUCUAAGGAGGACCUGAUGUUCUCCCCACAUGCAUCUAAAGCCGUGGAAGUUGGCACAAUGGACUCUAAUUACCCUGCAAUGGUACCUGGUACUCUGUCCCAAGCACAAUCCCUUCUAAUAGAUGCAGACUUCUUGCAGUAUGACUCAUUGCACUCUGCUCCAAAGGCAUCUACACAGCCCUUAAAAGUUUCUCCAGAUACUGCCUCCGUUGCUCAGUCAAGUCCAAACUCUGGCUUGAAGCAACAAGCUGCUGUAGACAGUCUCACUAGUGAUGCCUGGGGUCUGUAUAAAAUGACCCACUUUGCCACACUAAUGGCUCCCAGCACUAGCCUAGAUCAGAGAGCCACUAGAAGUAGUCCCACUAGUGUCUUGCCUAAAUUCCUGGCCUCUGCACCUCCAACGUAUAGGGCUAGCAAAGAACUUUCCUAUUUAAUGUCACUGACCACAAGUCCUACCAUGCCAGCCAGCCCAGCUGUUCCCACCCAGGAUAACUUAACCAUGAGUACCAACUUCCCGGAGUCCACAUCUCUGGAAGCAACUAACAUUGGCCCUACAGAACUGACCACCAGUAGGUGGCCAGGUUCUUCCCCCAUAUCAACUGGUGUGGCUGCUCAUCAACCUGUGGAGCCAGUGUGGCUUGGUACUGUCCCUGGGACACAGCCAGGGUCUCUGACACCAUCUCCUCCGUCAGGAGAAAGUUUCUUGGCUACAUCCCCCAGUGUAACCAUGCCCAACCAGGAACACCGUCCCUCUGAACUAUCUGAUGUGACGAAAUUCAUGUUGAGUGCUCUUCCUGUUAGUAUGUCACAAUCCACUAACCUGCUCCCAGCCCCAGUAUCUACAACAAGACUGCCCUCUGCCAAACCAAUGGCCAGUACCUCAGCUUCUGCACCACUGCAUGUGGGUGACCUGAGCCACUUCACAGAGCACCCAUCUCCUGGGCCCCUUACUGUUCCAGACACCUUAGCAGGCCGCACUGAACGGGUAGAGACUGAGGAGCAGUUUACUGCAGCUGUACUGAUGGCUGUCUCACCCACUGUUAGAGAGUCAAUUAAUUGGCCAAUGCUACCUGUACAUGUCAGCACUACUGCACAAUCUCCUCCCCCAUCUGGUGCUCCAGUCUCACCACUAAAGGUAACUCUUCCUGGUGUGGUGCAUGCAAGUUCAGUAGAAGUGUCGUCUGGGUUUUCUUCACAGAGUGGUGUAGGGAGAUCUAUCCCUACCGCUCUGUCAGGACACAGUGGAACAAGGGCUCACAUACCGUUAGUUCCCAAGCCAGCCACUGCUGAGCUGGGCCAGCUGCUAGUUCUAACUACUAGUUUAUCAGGAUUAUUAGACCUUCCAGCUGACCGUGACACUCCAAGUUCUCUGGUGCUGGAAGAGACCUUUCCUGAGGCCUCUUCAGAACAGACCAUUGUCCCUGGAGUCCCUCAUAAUCUAGUAACUAGCUCUAACACUCUCACUGAUGUUGCAGUCAGUGAUAUGACUCAGCUGACUGGAGGUGUUACAGAGGGUCCCCCUUCAGUUGCAGCUGGAGUUGGCCUUUCCUCAGCCACACAUCCCCUUGAUCAUCUCAAACUUGAUGCAGAGACUGCCAGCACUUCCUCUACAGAGAGAAUCCUGCCAGUGGGACAGCUGGGUCAUAGACUGAAAGAGCACACUACUGAAAUAGCAUGUACUGGUUCUGAUUCCACUAGUUGUCCAACCUGGGUGUCUGUUGACCUUAGUACAGCUGUGGAACAAAAGGGUUCUCCUAGCCUUGCUAUUACACAUGCUCCUGCCAAUCUAACAAGAGUUUCUCCCUCUCAGGAAUCAAUGAGAGGUGUCUCCUCCAAGCCAGACACUCCAGUUGCUGGUACCAGUCAGGCUUUGACCUACUCCACAGUCCUGGCUAGUGUGAAGCCUGUUGCAGGCUUCCUGCAUGAAGACACUACAGCCAAUUCUCUGUCCCAUAUGUUGCCUAUUAGUAAGGGCCCUAGAAGUCAGUCCAGUACUUCUGCUUGCUGCCCUGAGAGAUCCCCUAGUGUCUCAAGAGCCAGUACAGCUGCAAACAUUACUAGUGCCACCCUCUACCGGGAAUUAUCUAAAACUGUGAAGUUCCUUGAUAAAGAACAGACUCUGGCAGCUGCUGAAGUAGUGGCUAAAAUGCCUCCUGGCUCCUCAGAGCUCCCGCUGGAAGCUUCAAGUGAUGCUCCAACUACAGAGCUGCUUUCCAGUGCAAGUUCAGCAAAGCCACAAGCUCAACCAGCACGUAAGCAUUACUCACUCCGUAGACCAGGAAUGAGAAGAAGGCUGUCCACCCCAGCUGACUUGGUCUUAUCCCACUCAACCACAUCUCUGCCUAGUGGGACAGACAUCCAGCCAGGGCCAAAGGUGCACACUUCUCCACAGAAUAAGACCUUCCCUUUGUUGCCCUCUAAAACAAGUAGCGAUACAAGUGUCAUAAUGAAGACUGAGACAAACAUCACCCAUUCCACUCCCCUGUACCUAAACAGAACAGGGCUAGCAUUGCUUGCUGGCUCAACCCCUACUGGAAUGGAACAUACUCCAGUGCCUAUAACAGCAGCUGGUGUCCCAGUAGCUUCCACUACAGCUGCAUCAGAAUGGAAGCCCACAUCAGCAACUCUGGGAGAGCACAAAGUCCCAGGUGUGGCUACAAAGGCAGCAAACUUCAGUGGGUUGGCCUCUACUGAGUCUCCAGUCAGUGUUAUGGCACCUGCUGUUGGGUUGACCUCCACAAGCACGGCUGUGUCUAAGGCUACACCAGUCAAAAAUAGAACAGCUGCUCCACUGCCAUCACCUCCAGAGCUAAGUACAACUACACUACUUACUAGUAUAAACCUUACACAGUCUUUUGGGCCCAAUGCUCCCAUUUUCCAGCCCCUCACUGAAGUCAAACCUAGUGUGGUGACUUCCCUUCGUAGUACCCCCAGCAUUCUACCCACAACAAAGACAACUGCCCGGCUCACUAGUGCCAGAACUUCAACCACACCUGGCCUGCAGCUUCCUACUGUACCAAAGACAACUAAGCUGAUGCCUUGGAACAAAACCACUCUAUCAACAUUGCUUAUACCUCCUACAUCAACCUUGUCCACCCGCUUGCUGCUAAUCUCCCAACACAGUUCAACAGCUAAAACAGACCUCAGUGAAUUAACUAGGACAAUGGCUGCAAGAACAAACUUAACCACAGCGGCAGUGACUGCCAAGCAGGUGGCUACAAUCAAAACUGGCCUCAUUUCAAAGCAGAUCCUGCCUGAAUCUGAGGUUCCAACACUGAGCUUCUCCCCUAGGGGAAAGACUGGGUCUGCAACUAGACCUACAUCACCUUCACUGCAGUUGCCUGUGCAUAUCCUAUCUCUGCAGUUCCGUCUUAUUGGAAUCGCUUACACAGAACGCCUGAAGAACAAGUCUUCUGAUGGGUACAAGAAGCUGGAGAAGGAAGUGAAGUUAACUCUAAACAAGAUGUUAUCCAGCUAUGAGAACUUUCUCCAAGCAAACGUUCUCCAGUUUUUGAAUGGUUCCAUCAUUGUUGAGAGUGAGGUUUUAUUCCAGAGAGAUGGCCCUGCUCCCACAAACUCUGACCUCAUCCGCACAGUUGUCACAGAAGUGGAAAGGAAAAUGGACACCUUUUUUGACUGGAGAGUGGAUGUCAAGUCUGUCCGGUCAAAUGGUUUCAGCUUUGAGAAUCUAGAGCCAGAAAAGCUGUCUGUCUCAUUCACUGCUCUGAGACUCGGCUCAAUUGCAGCGUUCGGUGGGGUGAGCAGCCAGAGCUCUCUGGACCAACUAAACAAUGUGGUGGUUCAGUCUCUGGGGACCCUGUACAAAGUGAAGAACUUCUCCUUUGUCAGACUCAGGGACAUCAAAGGUGACCUGGAGAUCAGUGGCAAAGCCUACAUUGACACACAUGCCCAUGCUGAUGUCAGCCAGGUUCUGCAAGCACUGAGGGGUCUUGUUAACUACUCUGUAGACUUGACAACUCUCUCUGUGGAUGAUUCAAGGCUUAGCUUGCAGGUCUUCCCCAUUUCCUUCCUGAUCAACAACAGGACAGUCAAUGAGAAACUGCUGGAUCACUCUUCUGUGGAACACCAGAACCUCACCAGGGACCUUGCUGAUGUGCUGAUGCAUUCCCUGAGGAAAUACCAAGGCCUCCUGCAAGUGGUAAUUCGAGACUUCCUAAGUGGCUCCCUGAUCUGUCAUGGGGAUGUUGUAUUCCAGCACCCUGCCCCAGCCAGUACAGACAUUCUGCAGACUCUUGUUCUUUCAGUUGGUCCAGGUCACAUGUUGGCUGGGUCAGGCUUUCAGGUGGACCCAUAUUCUUUCACAGUGGCAGAUGACCAACUGGAACCUCCCUUUGUGUAUCCAAGUUUCCCUGGAUAUGCCAUGGCAAUUAUUGUCAUGUGUGGCCUUGUUCUAAUUGCCAUUCCCAUUGUGGCUCUGCUGUACCUGAAUUCUGGGCUAUUUGGCUGGCAUGACAAAGCUAUAAUUCAGGGUGGGAGAGACCACGAAGCAGGGACACAGACGUUUGAACUGGAUAAUCAAGGAUUCCGCUCUACCAUUGAAGAGUGCAGGAUGAUGGCAGACAUUCGUACACACCUACAAAACUCUCUGCCAGUGAGUGAAGAUGCAAUAUAAAAGUUCUUCCUCCUGGCUCAUGGGCCUAAAUCUCCAACCUGCUGUAGAAACAGGAAGAUUCAAAGCACUAUCUCUGAUAGGGGUGUCAGUAUUCGUGCUGCUUUCCAAAUGUGAAUGAUUCUAAAAUCCUUGGAUGGAGCAAACUUUCUCAGCUGUAUGAAAUGACAAUUCCAUGUCUGCACCCUAAAUAAACUCUAUCUACACUAUAGAACUAAAAUAGUGGCCGCAACUGGAUUCAUUUUUCCACAUUCUGGAGGGAGGUGGCAGCACCAGGUGUAUCCUGGCUAACUUCUUGGUGGAAGAAAUGACAUCACCUCCCUCCUUGAAGAACAUCAGUGCUGUAGUAAAAGAUUUCUGUGAUGCUUAAAUUGUGCACAGCUCUCUUGUUGAGGACUAGCUGCUCCUUCCAAGGGAACACAAGGAGGCAGACUUCUAUCAACCUGAAAUAACUCCUGGAUGAAGGGCCUCUUGACCUAGCAAGAGUUCUGAUUAGGUAUUCAGUGUGAAUAAUGCCCCCAGCUCUCCCUGACUUAAGCAGAAAUCCCCCUGUGAGAUAGGGAAGUUUUAUUGUAAGCAUGCAUUUGACUUAAUGUUUUAAGUUAUGUUUUAAACUAUCUCCUACUCGUAUCACGGCUUGCUACUGAGUGUCUGUAGCUACAGUGCCAAAACGUUGUCUUCUGAUGGUUGCUGUGACUAGGAGGCUUAAGAUACCUGGUUUCUGUAACUCUGAACCAAGGGCAGUCUUGUGACUGCUUAAACUAGCUGAGCUCUUUGACCAGGGAGGACACUUGUCCUAAGCUUCAAAAGGACAUCAGAUCAUCUCAUUCCCAGACACUCUCGUAGAAGUACUAGUGCAAUCUCUAGGCAACUGCCUCUCAAAGAGGCCUUUAAUUGAGUUAAGAUAAGGUCUCCCAUCUCAGCUUCCUAGAAGUUUUGCUGUGGUUCAGACCUCCCUCCUUGGUCUGUCAUUUCCUGCUUAGGCAAGCCCUCUGGAAGCUGCUAGCAUCCUCCAGUGAGGAUUCCUUCCUCCUCAGCUCCCUUCCAGGCUCCCCUUUUAACCAGAGGACGCUCUUCCCUUAAGAGCAUCCAUGACUUCUUUUUCUCUGGAAGAGUAACUCUUCCAUCUUGUAGGUCUGAGCAAAGACAGAAGAUCCAGCCCAGAUUUGCUUUCACCAGCCAGGUGGUCUCCUGCCCAAGUUAGCUUAUUUGGUGGCAGCAUCCCAGGGAUGUGGAAAUAGCCUGUCAGUUUGAGUCACUAUAAGGCCAUGUCUCCUUAGCCAACAUGUCCUUGAAUGAUAGGCACUUCCAACUUUCUGGGAAAUGUCCCCUGUCAAACUGAGGUGGCAGAAGCCAAAGCAUGUUCUAGAGUAGAUUCUCAGCUUCCUCAGAUUGGUGACCUAGAUUAAGAAGGGUGCUAUUCCAGUACUUGGGAUGCUUCCACUCUUAAGCACCAUGUCCUUAAAGGAAUCUUCUCUUGUGCUCUUUAGAGAAACAGCUGGAUUACCUGGGUAAUGGGGCAGUUACUUCUGCAUCAUGGACUACUUGCAUUUCAAACUCUCAGCAAGUCUGCACUUCUGAGAAACUACUGGUCUAAACAUAAUUAUACAGAAUAAUCUGUUUUCCUUAGAAACUGACUCCUAUUGUAGUCCUCAAUCUCCAUCAGGUUUGUUCAUGGGGUGUUUUUUUUUUUCUGGGGGGGGGGAGGAAGAGUAGCAAACAGUAUGAGGCUGAAUGUAGUAGGGUGACAGUCCACUCCUAUUCAAAGUGCCUGCUGCUGCCAUAUCUGCUGUUGGCAGGGAAAGCUAUUUUUUCCCCUCACAGCAAACUGGUUUAACUUGUGCCCCUUUUUUAUAUGCGUUUCUCAGCUGUGGCAAUCAUUUCAGUGAAUGUGUACUGUGCGUGAUUCUGAAUAAAUGGUCUAAGAAUA